AUGGCAUGUUUGGGGUUCCUUCUCCCCGUGGGCCUCUUCCUCCUCUUCCUCCUCAGCGCUGUGGCCCGGGGGGAGUAUGCUGUGGUCCAUGUAGUGUCGGAGAGCUGGAGCAAGGAGUACUGUGUCCUGUUCAGCUCCGAGUACGUCACCCUGCCACGGGACCUGCACCACGCCCCACUCCUGCCCCUGCACGACAGCACCAGGACACCUUGGUGCCCGGACAAGGGCGCCUUCCACCAGGUGCAGCCCAGCUUCCCCAGCCAGCAGCCGCUCCGCCACGCCAUCGCCAUGGUCAGGAGGGGCAACUGCAGCUUCUACGCCAAGGGCCGGCUGGCUCAGGGCCGAGGGGCCCACGGGCUGCUCAUCGUCAGCCAAGCCAGCAGCCAGCAGUGCUCAGAUGCCUCGCCGGCCUCCAGGGACCCUCCCAAGCCCCUGCCACAGCUCACCAUCCCCGUCGCCCAGCUCCAGUACACCGACAUGCUGGACAUCCUCAGCCACACCCAUGGCGGCUCCAUCCGAGUGGCCUUGUACGCGCCCCCUGAGCCCACCCUGGACUACAACAUGGUAGUCAUCUUCAUCCUGGCUGUGGGCACUGUGGCUGUGGGUGGCUACUGGGCCGGCCUGACUGAGGCUGACCGGCUGCGACGGCGGCGGCGACGGGCCCGAGGAGGAGGAGGAGGGUGGCCAGGCGGUCGUCACCGGCGAGCAGUGGUGGCCGCUAAAGGAAAGGGGGAGGAAGAUGAGGACACCCCCGUGGACUUCACGCCGGCCAUUAUGGGUGCAGUGGUCGUCCUGUCCUGCUUCAUCAUGCUGCUGCUCUACUGCUUCUACGACCGCUCCGUCUACAUCGUCAUCGGGAUCUUCGGUCUGGGCUCGGGCACCGGCCUCUACAGCUGCCUGGCCCCGCUGGUGCGCCGCUUGCCCCAGCAGCACCGUCAGUGGUCCCUGGCCGGCUGCCGGGGCUGUCUGUCGCUGCCCAUGUUGCUGCUGGCCGCCCUGUGCACCGUGGUGACUGUCCUCUGGGUGGCCUACCGCAAUGAGGACAGCUGGGCAUGGCUCCUGCAGGACAUGCUGGGGGUGGCCUAUUGCCUUUUUGUCCUCCGGCGGGUGCGAAUGCCCACGUUCAAGAACUGCGCCUCCUUCCUGCUGGCCCUGCUGGCCUUUGACGUCUUCUUUGUCUUCGUCACCCCCGUCCUCACCCGCAGUGGUGAGAGCGUGAUGGUGGAGGUGGCCAUGGGCCCAGCAGAGUCCUCCAGCCAUGAGAGGCUGCCCAUGGUGUUCAGGGUGCCCAGGAUCAGCUUCUCGGCCAAGAGGCUGUGCAGACAGCCCUUCUCCAUCCUCGGUUUUGGGGACAUCAUGGUCCCUGGCUUCCUAGUGGCAUACUGUCACCGCUUUGACGUCCAAGUCUGCUCGCACCAGAUCUACUUCAUGGCCUGUACCUUGGCCUAUGCCCUGGGCCUGCUGGUCACGUUCAUGGCCAUGAUCUUCAUGCAGAUGGGCCAACCCGCCCUGCUCUACCUCGUCUCCAGCACCCUGCUCACCAGCCUGGCCGUGGCUGCCUGCCGCCAAGAGCUCAGGCUCUUCUGGACGGGCCAGGCCAGGGCCAAGAUGGCUGGACUCCACCAGGCCCCUGCGGCUGACCCCAAGCAGAAUCGGGAGAAUGCAACCAAUGUCCUGAUAGCCAGUGAGUUCACAGAGGCCACCGAGCCAGCGGCCUGGGACUUAGACAGCAAAUUUGGGGAGGAAUCCCCUGAGCGGCUCACUCUCUCUGAAGAGGAGACUCCCAGGGCAGACGGCCCCAGCGACAGCUCCGAGGGCUGGAGCGAUGCCAACCUGGACCCUGAGGAGCUGCCCGUGGUCUCCCCUGGGGUCUCGGAGGAGCUGGUGCCCGUGAUGCCGGUGGCCAUGCUGAUCCCCCUGGUGCCCCUGAUGCCACCCCCCUCAGAGCUGGGCCCCUUCCACGCCCAGGCCCAGGCCCAGGCCCAUGAGGCCAGCCUGCCCUGGACGGGGCUCCACAAGAGGAAGGGGCUCAAGGUCAAGAAAAGCAUGUCGGCCCAGGCUCCCCUAUGA